AUGGAUUCCAUGGUGGACAGAAACCACACUGCAGUGACAAGAUUCAUUUUAUUGGGCUUAACACAUGAUCCAGUCCUUCAGGUCGUCCUCUUCGUGAUCAUCCUGUGCAUCUACCCUGUGACCGUAUCUGGCAAUCUCAGCACAAUCAUCCUGAUCAGAAUCUCCUCUCAGCUCCAUCAUCCCAUGUACUUUUUUCUAAGCCACUUGGCUUUUGCUGACACAGGCUAUUCAUCUAAUGUCACACCCAAUUUGCUUGUAAACUUUUUGGUGGAGAGAAAUACAAUCUCCUACUUUGGAUGUGGAACCCAGCUUGGUGCAGCCGCUUUCUUUGGGGGAACUGAAUGCUUCGUUCUGGCUGUCAUGGCGUAUGAUCGCUUUGUGGCCAUCUGCAACCCACUGCUUUAUUCAGCCAAGAUGUCCACGCAAGUCUGUGCACAGUUACUCCUAGUGGCUUAUGUAGGUGGUUUUUUCAAUGCUUUCACUGUUACUAUUUGCUUCUAUCCUUUAUUCUUCUGUGGACCAAAUCAAGUCAAUCAUUUUUUCUGUGAUUUUGCUCCUUUAAUUGAACUUGCGUGCUCUGAUACACGUGUCUCUGUAGUGUUUUCCUCUUUUUCUGCUGGCUCCACUGUUGUUAUCACAGUGAUUGUCAUAGCUAUCUCCUAUAUCUACAUCCUCAUCACCAUCCUGAAGAUGCGCUCCAACGAGGGGCGUCACAAAGCUUUCUCUACCUGCACGUCCCACCUCACUGUGGUCAUUCUAUUCUACGGGACUCUUACAUUCAUUUAUGUGAUGCCUAAGUCCAGCUUCUCAACUGACCAGAAUAAAGUGGUAUCUGUGUUCUACACAGUGGUCAUCCCUAUGUUGAACCCCCUCAUCUAUAGUCUCAGGAAUAAUGAGAUAAAGGGGGCUCUAAAGAGAGAGUUUUACAGAAAAAUAUUUUGUUAG